GGCCUAGAAAGUUGUUCUUGAGAAUUUUGAAUAUGAAUGACAACCAACAACAACAAUCAUGACAAUGCUGUUCAGUACAUUGUAAAAUAGAAUUGUUGAAAAACAAUACAGAAUAUGAGUCAGAAUACUCUUGAUCCUCCUCUAAUGAGGGGGCGCAGGAGGAGUGUUCUUAUCAACAUGCAAGCCACACAUACAAUUCAAGAGAAACAGGCCAGGGCAAAAGAGAACAGAGAAAGAAGAAGAUUGAGUAUCGGACCAAUGCAUAAAUAUAUAUUGCAAAUGGUCUCGGAGUAUAUUGGUAUUGAUCUAAAUGUGGCUGAAGAAUUUAUUCUAGAUACACAAAAGCAAAUUGACCUGUUUGAAAAUUUCCUAUCAAAAGAUAGCGAGGCUAAGUCUAUCAAAUUUUUCCAUCAGGAGGCUGAGGUCCCCUUAUCUGAAGAGUCUGGUCGUGUGAUACCAGGGAUGACAAAGGGUAGCAAGAUGAUGAGAUUGUUCAUCACAGAUGGAGCUACAGAACCAUUGAAGAACAUCUGUGUCUACUUCUUAAGAAUCAGAUUUGGAGUAGAACUAAAUGCCAGAAAUAUUGGAGAGUCAAUAACAUUUGGUGUGCUAGAUGUAUCUAAAGACAAGAGUCUAUUGCCUGGCAUAAACAAGAGCCUCACCAAGAUCUUCAAGCCAGCCAUGCAUGCAACAGAGGACUGGGGAGAACUCAGUGAACUUCCUGAGGGAGAGCGGACAAAGAAGAACUUCCUUGAUAACCUUGAUAACUUCAUUAACUUCAUAUCUUGUGCUCAAGUGAGUGCUGAAGGUGUGGUUAGACUGAGAGAAUGUGAGGGAGUAGAUCUAGAAAGUAUGCAGUCUGCAAAGGACUGUAUCAAUGCUGCUGCUAAUCCUGAGACAAUGGCCAUACUGGAGGAUGUUGUGUCUUCCUGGUGUAAACAGAUUGAACAGGUGUUAGCUGAGAGUGACCAGAUGAGGAAAGAGGCAGAUGACACAGGACCUUUAGCCGAGCUGGAACAUUGGAGACAACUCACAGCACGCUUUAACUCCAUCCUUGAGCAGAUCAAAGGCCAUGAUUGUAAGAUGGUCAUUCAUACACUCCAUAUUUCGAAGACAAAGGUCCUAAAGAUGUGGAAAGACUUAGAUAAUCGUAUAACCGACUCUGCAAAUGAAGCCAGGGAUAAUGUGCGCUACCUCUACACACUGGAGAAGUUCUGUGAGCCCCUCUACAGGUGUGAUCCAAUGGCUAUGUCUGAAGGUAUUCCCAGUUUGAUUAAUGCUAUCAGGAUGAUACACAGCAUAUCGAGGUACUAUAACACAUCAGAGAGGAUGACAUCACUUUUCAUCAAGGUGACAAACCAGAUGGUAACUGCCUGUAAGAGCUUCAUCACAAAUGAUGGCAUGGACCGUAUAUGGGAUCAGCCUCAAGAUAAACUCCUGAAGAAUCUGGAUGUCUGCAUGGACCUCUACAAAGACUACCAAGCGGCCUUCCAGAGAGUGAAGAAAACCAUAGAAGAUACACCAGGAGAGCGCCCAUUUGAAUUCUCCGAGAUGUACAUCUUUGGCAAGUUUGAAGCAUUCUGUAAAAGGAUUGAAAAGAUAAGUACACUUCUGAACAUGAUAGGUGAUUACUCUGCAUUGAUAGACUCUCGUAUAGAAGGCAUAGAGCCUAUAGCCCAGAGAUUUCAAGCAAUCUAUUCAGGUGUUAAGAAGAAGCCCUAUGACCAGCUGGACCAUAGAAAACUGGACUUUGAUUAUGACUUUGUAGACUUCAAAAGGCAAAUGAGUGAUCUAGAUCAACAAUUACAGACAUUUAUAGAUGGUCGCUUUGACAGGAUACACAGCUGUACACAAGCUCUUCAGCUUCUUGCAAGGUUUGAGAAAAUGCAAAUCCCUGGUCUGAACAUUGACGAGAAAUAUGCGUACAUCCUUAAUCAUUUUGGCAAUGAACUCGAGACCAUCAGGAAGCUGUACCAGACACAACGAGAGGAGCCUCCAGUCCCCAGAGACAUGCCUCCAAUUGCAGGACGCGUAUCGUGGGCUAGGCAGCUGUCACGCAAAAUAGAAGUGCCAAUGAUGAUAUUUGCUGAGCACCCAACUGUUUUGAAAAGUGAGGAGGCAAAAAAGAUAGUGAAGAAGUACAACACAGUUGGGCGGGUGUUGAUGGAGUAUGAGCUGUUGUAUCACAGAGCCUGGGUCAAGUCUAUUGAUGCUGUCAAUGAAGCUCUACAGGUUCCCGUCCUUGUUCGCCACCAGGACACCAAACAGCUACUGGUGAACUUUGACCCCCUCAUCAUGCAAGUGAUACGAGAGGCAGAGUGCAUGCGCAAACUUGAUAUGGAAGUCCCUGAGGUGGCAAAUAUUCUUAGUCACUCACAAGAUAAGCUGAAAGCCAAUCGAAAUACACUUACGAUGUUACUUGAAGAGAAUGAUAAGAUAAGAUCCAAGAUUCCCCCAAUGUUUCGCCCACUCAUGAAAUGUUGCAUAGAGGCGGUGGACACUGCUUUGAGGCCUGGCCUUAUAUCUCUUACUUGGACAUCACUCAACCUUGACCAGUUCUUCCAGUCUAUACGAUCAGCGCUUCGAGAACUAGACCUGCUCAUUAAACAGGUGAAUGAUAUCAAGGAGACACGUAUAGAGGACAACCUGACAUACAUCAGUGAGACUAUGCUAUGUGAUCUUCCAGAAAAAGCACCAUGGACAGUUGAUGAAUUCCUCAACAUGACACAAAAACAUUGCAAAGAUGCUGCAAAUGAACUUGAUGCCCGUAGUCAUAAGAUAGAAGAGGCAGUAGAUGAGCUUAUUAACAUCUUUCUGGAGAAAGGAGGCUUUAACAACAUCAUACAGGAUCAGUCACAGAAUGACACAACUUGUGAAGUAACCAUCAAUGAAGGAGAUGAGGGCAGUGAGACAAAUAUUGUUCCAGUCGGUGAUGCAACCUCAGAGGAAGAAGCAAUAAUCAGAGAGGAAUGUAAAGAAUUGUUCAAUCAUUUCAACCACAAGAAUCUAGAGGCCAUUCUUAGAGCCACUCGGCUGUCUUUGGAUCUCAUUAGGAAACGGGCAUUUUUCUCUAACAGUCAAACCAGAACAUACGGAGAGAGCGGCUACAAUGAUAUAGUUCCAUUCUUCAAAGCUGAUAUCACCCUUGCCAUCCCAAAUGUGGUGAUGCAACCAAGUCUAGAUGACAUACAGCAUUCUCUAAAUGCUGCUACCCACCAUGUGCUAGAGGUUAGUCGAGGCAUUGCUCAGUGGGGACAGGCAAGGUAUGAAGAGGUCCCAAUCGCUGUUGCUGAACAUCACAAGAAGAAAAUGAUGGACACACACGAGCAUGAAGUACAAAUUAAGCUGGUACCAAUUCCACCAAGUGACCUAAAGAACUACUACAAGAGUAUAGCAGAUCAUAAAGAUGUGGCAAAGAUUGUUAUGAUGCUGAGCUCUGCUGUCAACUCAUUCAGGGAGAACAUUGGUACAGCACUCUCCCAAUACUCUGACUAUAGCUUCCUCUGGGAGACUGAUAGAGACUCUACAGUACAGGAGUUUGUCAAUACAGAUCCGCUUCUCUCAGACUUCAAGGCAGAGAUUCUUAGAUUUGACAACUUAGGCAAGGAAGUGGAAGAGAUACCGCCAUCUAUGGUCGUUGGAGCCAUUGAGUUGUUCACUGAACCACUAAAGAUGUCAUUGUCUGUUGAGACGAAAGCCUGGGAAAUGUUGUAUGGUAAGCACCUGAAUCUCAACUACAAGGCCAUGAUGGAUGAAAUUGCUGAAUACACAGAGGAAACCAUGCAUCGACUAAACCGACCAAUCAAAGACUUGGAAGAUGUCCGACUUGCUAUGGCAGCAUUAGAGGAUAUCAGGAAACAGCAGAUCAGAAUUGACAUGAAUCUUGGUCCUAUUGAGGAGGCCUACAGCAUGCUACAGAAGUUUGGGGUGAAUGUUUCCAGUGAGGAAGUCAACAAAGUAGAUACACUCAGAUAUGGAUUUGUCAGACUCCUCUCAAAGGCUGGGAAAGUUCAAGAUGAGUUGGUUCGUGUACAACCAGGGUUCAAGGAGGACCUCCUCAAUGCUGUAGAAGUGUUCCAUGAGAACCUAGAAACUUAUGAGACAGAUUAUGAAACAAUUGGUCCAAUGGUUGAGGGAGUGACGCCACAGGAAGCCAGUGAUAGAUUGCAUCUCUUCCAGGGUAAGUUUGAUGAUCUGUGGAGACGUUUCAACACAUACUCAGCUGGCGAACAGCUAUUUGGACUGACCAUCACAGAGUACCCUUCUCUGAACAAAAUAAAGAAGGAGCUUAAUCUCCUACAGAAGCUCUAUGGACUUUAUAAUGCUGUCAUGGAUAGUAUCGGUGGCUACUAUGAUAUUCUGUGGACUGAAGUUGAUAUCGAAAAGAUCAAUCAAGAGCUACUUGAUUUCCAAAAUAGGUGUCGAAAACUACCAAAGGGCCUGAAGGAUUGGCAAGCUUUCUUGGAGCUUAAGCAGAAGAUUGAUGAUUUCAAUGAGAGUUGUCCGAUCUUAGAACUGAUGUCUAGUAAAGCAAUGAAGGACAGACAUUGGGACAGAAUUGCCAAAUGCACAGGUCACACAUUUGAUCUGGAGUCUGACAACUUCAUGUUACGGAACAUUAUGGAGGCCCCUAUACUCAAAAAUAAGGAAGACAUUGAAGAUAUCUGUAUCUCUGCUGUCAAAGAGAAAGAUAUUGAGGCCAAGUUGAAACAGGUGAUAGCUGAAUGGAAUGGGCAGAUCCUUAGUUUUAGCAACUUUAAGUCCAGGGGUGAACUACUAUUAAAGGGGACUGAGACAUCAGAGAUUGUGGCUCUUAUGGAAGACAGUCUCAUGGUCCUUAGUUCUCUACUGAGCAACAGGUACAAUGCCCCAUUUAAGAAAACCAUCCAAGACUGGGUUCAGAAGUUGUCUAACACAAGUGACAUCAUAGAGAACUGGAUGAUUGUGCAGAACCUCUGGGUCUACCUUGAAGCUGUCUUUGUAGGUGGAGACAUUGCUAAACAGCUACCUCAAGAAGCCAAACGGUUCCAGAACAUAGACAAGUCCUGGGUUAAGAUAAUGACAAGGGCUCAUGAGGUGACCAAUGUUGUGCAGUGUUGUGUGGGGGAUGAGACUCUGGGUCAGCUACUGCCUCAUCUUCUAGAACAGCUGGAGGUCUGUCAGAAAUCACUCACUGGCUACCUUGAAGGCAAGCGUCUUAUCUUUCCUCGCUUCUUCUUUAUCUCUGACCCUGCUUUACUGGAGAUUCUUGGGCAGGCUAGUGACUCACACACAAUUCAGUCCCAUCUGCUUGGAGUAUUUGAGAAUGUCAAUGAGGUUGAAUUCCAUGAGAAAGACUAUGACAGGAUCCUAGCUGUUAUAUCAAGAGAAGGCGAGAAAGUUAAUUUAGAGAAUGAUGUAAUGGCCAAGGGCAAUGUGGAGGCUUGGUUAGGAGAGCUACUAGUUGAACAGAUGAGAUCACUACAUGGUGUCAUCAGAGAUGCCUCAAGACUCAUAAAUGAAGCAACCUUUGAUUUCCUUAACUUUCUCAACAACUACCAAGCACAGGUUGGUUUGCUAGGUAUCCAGAUGAUCUGGACCAGAGAUGCCGAGGAAGCAUUGUCAAAUGCUCGCCAUGAUAAGAAGAUCAUGCCUACUACCAAUCAGAGGUUUUUAGAUAUGCUCAACAAACUGAUUGAUCAAACCACUCUAGAUCUGACAAAGUUUGAAAGAAUCAAAUAUGAGACACUUGUCACCAUUCAUGUUCAUCAGAGAGAUAUCUUUGAUGAUUUGGUUAGAAUGCACAUAAAGACUCCCAAUGACUUUGAGUGGCUGAAACAGGCCAGAUUCUACUUCAAAGAGGAUCUCAAUCAGGAGAUUGUGUCCAUCACUGAUGUUGACUUCAUCUAUCAGAAUGAGUUCCUUGGUUGUACAGACAGGCUUGUCAUCACACCAUUGACUGACAGGUGCUACAUCACUCUGGCUCAGGCCUUGGGCAUGUCUAUGGGUGGUGCUCCAGCAGGACCUGCAGGAACAGGCAAGACAGAAACCACAAAGGACAUGGGGAAAGCACUUGGAAAAUAUGUAGUUGUCUUCAACUGUUCAGAUCAGAUGGAUUUCAGAGGUCUUGGGCGUAUUUACAAAGGUCUUGCCCAGUCUGGUUCAUGGGGUUGCUUUGAUGAGUUCAAUCGUAUAGAACUGCCAGUGUUGUCAGUGGCUGCUCAGCAGAUUCACAUUGUGCUCACAGCAAAGAAGGAGCGCAAGAAGGAGUUUGUUUUCUCAGAUGGGGAUAUUGUAUCACUCAAUCCUGAGUUUGGCCUUUUCUUGACAAUGAAUCCUGGUUAUGCAGGUAGGCAAGAGUUGCCAGAAAACCUGAAGAUUAUGUUCCGUUCUGUGGCAAUGAUGGUGCCUGAUAGACAGAUCAUAAUGCGUGUGAAGCUAGCUGCUUGUGGUUUUCAAGACAAUGUAUUGCUGGCACAGAAGUUUUACACACUGUACAAACUAUGUGAAGAACAACUGUCAAAACAGGUGCAUUAUGACUUUGGACUAAGGAACAUCUUGUCUGUCUUGAGGACUCUAGGAGCACAGAAGAGAGCCAAUCCAGAGCAGACUGAGUUGACAGUUGUCAUGAGAGUACUUAGAGAUAUGAACCUCUCCAAACUGGUGGAUGAUGAUGAACCCUUGUUCCUGAGUCUGAUUUCUGAUCUCUUCCCAGGCAUAGUGCUUGAUAAUGCUACAUAUGAGGAACUCCAGGUUGCUAUUGAUAACCAGGUGGAAGCUGCUGGUCUCAUCAACCAUCCAUCUUGGAACCUUAAGCUUGUACAGUUGUAUGAGACCCAGAGAGUGAGGCAUGGGAUGAUGACCUUGGGUCCAAGUGGUGCUGGGAAGACAUGUUGUAUCAAUGUACUAAUGAAGGCAAUGACAGACUGUGAUGCUCCUCGUAAGGAGAUGAGGAUGAAUCCAAAGGCUAUUACAGCACCUCAGAUGUUUGGCAGACUGGAUGUUGCCACCAAUGACUGGACUGAUGGCAUUUUCUCAACUCUAUGGAGGAGAACAUUGAAAGCUAAGAAAACUGACCAUAUCUGGUUGGUGCUAGAUGGACCUGUAGAUGCGAUCUGGAUUGAGAACUUAAACUCUGUGCUAGAUGACAACAAGACACUAACACUAGCUAAUGGUGAUAGGAUUGUUAUGGCCCCUAACUGUAAGAUCGUGUUUGAGGUACAUAACAUUGACAAUGCCUCCCCUGCCACUGUAUCAAGGAAUGGUAUGGUCUACAUGAGUAGUUCAGCUCUAGACUGGAACCCAAUCAUGCAGGGCUGGUUAAAGAGAACCUGCUCUCCUCAGGAAUCUGAUAUCCUGGCCCAACUGUUUGAUGUUAUAUUUGAUGACCUAUACAAUUAUUGCCUAAACAAUCUCAACACAAAGAUGGUUGUGCUACAAUGUAACCAGAUAGCUCAGGCCUGUGACUUGCUCCAAGGUCUCAUACCUAACAAGGAAGAGAAGGGUCACCUGAGUGCUAUACACCUGCAGAGACUGUUUGUGUUUGCCCUCAUGUGGAGCCUGGGGGCUUUGAUGGAGCUAGAUGACAGGGCAGCUAUGGAGAAGUACAUGAAGGAGCAUGAGAGCAAAUUGGAUCUCCCUCCAACCAAGGAAGAUGAGACUAUCUUUGAAUAUGUAGUUGAUGAACAUGGUGAGUGGGAGCAUUGGUUGAACAGAGUGGAGAUGUACAACUACCCAAAAGAUAGUGUACCAGAGUUCUCAUCUAUCCUUGUGCCAAAUGUGGACAAUGUCAGAACCAACUUCCUUAUUGAUACCAUAGCCAAACAGAACAAGGCUGUAUUGCUGAUUGGUGAACAAGGUACAGCUAAGACUGUCAUGAUAAAGGGAUACAUGGCCUUGUCUGACCCAGAACUUCAUCUUGGGAAAAGUUUUAACUUCUCAUCUGCCUCUACUCCAAACAUGUUCCAGCGUACAGUUGAGAGCUUUGUAGACAAAAGAAUGGGGAGUACAUAUGGACCUCCAGGGGGCAGGAAAAUGACAGUGUUUGUGGAUGAUAUCAACAUGCCUGUUAUCAAUGAGUGGGGAGAUCAGGUGACCAAUGAGAUAACACGUCAGAUGAUGGAGAUGAAUGGGAUGUACAGUCUCGAGAAGCCUGGUGACUUUACCCACAUAGUGGACCUUCAGUUCAUAGCAGCCAUGAUCCAGCCUGGUGGAGGCAGGAAUGACAUACCAGAAAGGCUCAAGAGACAGUUCUCUAUCUUCAACUGCACAUUGCCCUCAAAUAAUUCCAUCGAUAAAAUCUUUGGUAUCAUUGGUGAGGGCUACUUCUGUGAUACCAGGUUCACUGACGCAGUUGUGGAACUCACUAAGAAAUUAGUCCCUGCCACCAGGAUUCUCUGGCAGCUAACCAAGAUCAAAAUGUUGCCGACACCAGCAAAGUUUCAUUACAUAUUCAACUUGAGAGAUUUGUCUAGAAUCUGGGAGGGCAUGUUGACCAUCAAAGGUAAUGAGUGUCAGAAUGCUGAGGUCCUUCUAGGAGUGUGGAAACAUGAGUGUACAAGAUCCAUAGCAGACAGGUUCACUAACCCUGAAGACAAGAAAUGGUUCGAGAACUGUCUAGGAAGAGUUCUGAAUGAACACAUAGGAGAGGAGUAUAUGAGUGUAUGCCCUGAAGAACCAUACUUUGUUGACUUCUUACAAGAUGCCCCCGAACCUACUGGGGAGGAACCCGAUGAUGCUGACCUGGAUGCACCAAAAAUAUAUGAAAUGAUCCCUAGCUAUGACUUCUUAAAUGACAGGCUGAAGAUGUACAUGGCAAUGUACAAUGAGACAGUGAGAGGAGCACACAUGGACUUGGUCUUCUUCAAGGAUGCCAUGGUCCAUCUUGUCAAGAUAUCACGUAUAAUCCGUACACCGCGUGGCAAUGCACUUCUAGUAGGUGUAGGUGGCUCUGGUAAGCAGUCCCUGACCCGCCUAGCAUCAUUUAUAGCAGGCUACAAGAUCUUCCAGAUCACUCUCACCAGGACAUACAAUGUCAGUAACCUGAUGGAUGAUCUCAAGUACCUGUAUAGAGUGGCUGGUGGCGAAGGAAAGGGAAUCACAUUCAUAUUCACAGAUAAUGAGAUCAAAGAUGACGCCUUCUUGGAGUAUAUGAAUAAUGUACUCAGUUCUGGAGAGGUAUCUAAUCUAUUCGCCCGUGAUGAGUUGGAUGAGAUAACCAAUGAACUGAUUCCUGUCAUGAAGAAAGAGUUUCCACGCCUUCCUCCCACCCAGGAGACACUCUAUGAUUAUUUCAUCUCUAGAGCAAGGAACAACCUUCAUGUUGUGCUCUGCUUCUCCCCUGUUGGUGAGAAGUUCCGGAAUAGAGCAUUGAAGUUCCCUGGUUUGAUCUCUGGGUGUACCAUGGAUUGGUUCCAGCGCUGGCCUAAGGAUGCUUUGGUAGCUGUGUCUAAUCACUUCCUUUCCAAGUUUGAUAUUGUAUGUACCCCUGAAACCAAGCAACAGCUUGUGGAGACCAUGGGAGUUGUUCAUGAUAAUGUAGCCACCAUCUGCAUUGAUUACUUCCAAAGAUUCCGACGUCAGACUCAUGUUACCCCAAAGUCGUAUCUUUCCUUCAUCGAUGGAUACCAGGCAAUAUAUAGUGAGAAUUAUGGUCACGUGGGUGAUCUAGCAUUUAGGAUGAACACUGGUCUAGAGAAACUCUUGGAGGCCACUGAGUCCGUCAAUCUUCUCUCUAUAGAGCUAAAAGCAAAGGAGAAAGAUCUUGGUGUGGCUAAUGCCAAAGCUGAUAAGGUGUUACAAGAGGUGACUGUUAGUGCCCAAGCUGCAGAGAAAGUAAAAGCAUCUGUCCAGAUAGUUAAAGACAGAGCCCAGAAACUCGUAGAUGAGAUCAAUGUUGAGAAGGAGUAUGCUGAAGGCAAACUUGAAGCUGCAAGACCAGCUCUGGAAGAAGCAGAGGCGGCCUUGCAGACCAUUAAAGCAGCUCAUAUCUCCACUGUAAAGAAACUUGGCAAGCCUCCCCAUCUUGUUAUGAGGAUCAUGGACUGCUGUUUGAUCCUCUUCCAGAAGAGGCUUGAUCCUACCACAUUGGACCCAGAGAAACCAAGUCCUAAACCAUCUUGGGGUGAAUCUCUCAAGCUCAUGAGUAGUUCAACGUUUCUGUCAAACUUGAUGUCAUUCAACAAGGACCUCAUCAAUGGUGAGAUGGUUGAACUCCUGGCUCCCUAUCUUGAGAUGGAGGAUUAUACAUUUGAAAAGGCUAAGAGUACUUGUGGUGAUGUGGCUGGUCUGCUUUCAUGGACCAAAGCUAUGUCUUUCUUCUUUGGCAUCAACAAGGAGGUCCUUCCACUCAAGGCCAACUUGGCUAUUCAAGCCAACAAGUUAGAUAGUGCAACUAAGGAGUUGGCUCUGGCCCAGCAUCAACUAGAUGAGAAACAGAAAGAACUUGAUGCAGUGCAAGCUUUGUAUGAUGGUGCCAUGGCUGAGAAACAGGCACUUGCUGAUGAUGCUGAAACAUGUAAGAGGAAAAUGGUAGCUGCAUCAGCUUUAAUCAAUGGACUCUCUGGGGAGAAAAUCAGAUGGACUGAACAGAGCAAAGAAUUUCAGGCCCAGAUUAAUAGGUUGGUAGGGGAUGUACUAUUGUUGACUGGCUUCCUCUCCUACUCGGGUCCCUUCAACCAGGAGUAUCGUACCAGGCUACUAGGUGACUGGCAGAGUGAGAUGGCUCGACGUAAAAUACCAUACUCUAAAGAUCUCAACUUGAUACAAUCUUUAGUCGACAAUGCAACUAUUGGAGAGUGGAACCUACAAGGGUUGCCCAAUGAUGAGCUGUCUGUGCAGAAUGGCAUUAUUGUGACAAAGGCCACAAGGUUCCCACUGUUAAUAGACCCCCAGGGACAGGGCAAGGCUUGGAUAAAGAACAGAGAGAGUGACAGAGAGUUACAGGUGACAUCACUGAAUCACAAAUAUUUCCGUACGCAUCUUGAGGACUCCUUGUCUCUAGGCAGACCCUUGCUUAUUGAGGAUGUUGAAGAGGAGCUGGAUCCGGCCCUUGACAAUGUACUGGAGAAGAAUUUCAUCAAAUCUGGCAGCACAUAUAAAGUCAAGGUUGGAGACAAAGAGUGUGAUGUGAUGACUGGCUUCUACCUGUAUAUAACCACCAAGCUCCCCAACCCAGCAUACACACCAGAGAUCAGUGCAAGGACAUCUAUCAUUGACUUCACUGUCACCAUGCGGGGACUGGAAGACCAGCUGUUGGGUCGUGUCAUCCUCACUGAAAAGCAUGAGCUAGAGGAAGAGAGGACCAAGCUGAUGGAAGAUGUUACUGCCAAUAAGCGAAAGAUGAAAGAACUUGAAGACAAUCUCCUAUAUAAACUUACCAGUACAAAGGGUUCCCUUGUUGAUGAUGAGUCACUGAUCAGUGUAUUAGCUACCACUAAAGAGACAGCUGCUGAGGUGAAUGAGAAACUUGUUGUAGCUGCUGAGACUGAGAUUAAGAUCAAUGAUGCCAGGGAGGAAUUCAGACCAGUUGCCACUAGAGGCAGUAUCCUGUAUUUCCUGAUUUGUGAGAUGAGCAUGGUGAACUGUAUGUACCAGACAUCUCUCAACCAGUUCCUGGGGAUCUUUGACAAAUCUAUGGCCAGGUCAGAGAAGUCUCCAAUCCCAAGCAAGCGUAUAGCGAACAUUAUAGAGUUCCUGACAUAUUUAGUGUUCUGCUACUCAUGUAGAGGACUGUAUGAGAGCCAUAAGUUCCUCUUCACCAUGCUACUCACUCUCAAGAUUGACAUACAGAAUACUGAAGUGAAACAUGCUGAGUUCCAGGUUCUCAUCAAAGGUGGUGCUGCCCUGGAUCUGAAUGCUGUGACCCCUAAGCCAGCCAAGUGGAUCAUGGACUCUACAUGGCUAAACCUGGUAGAGCUGAGCAAGCUGGCUCAGUUCAGGGAAAUUCUUAACCAAGUGUCCCGCAAUGACAAGGGAUGGAAGAGUUGGUUUGACAAGGAUGCUCCAGAAGAGGAACAGAUCCCAGAUGGCUACCAUACAUCUCUAGAUACAUUCAGAAAACUAUUACUUAUCAGAUGCUGGUUACCUGACAGAACAGUGGCCCAGGCCAGGAAGUACAUCUCUGACUCCAUGGGACGCAAGUAUGCAGACCCUGUCAUCCUGAACUUAGAGGCAACCUGGGCAGAGAGCAAUCCUCGGGAACCACUUAUUUGUCUGCUAUCAAUGGGCUCUGAUCCAACAAACCAGAUUGAGGCUUUAGCCAAGAAACUGCAUUGUGAAUGUAGGUCUAUAUCAAUGGGUCAAGGCCAGGAGGUACAUGCCAGAAAGCUGCUAUCUAAUUGCAUACAUGCUGGUGGUUGGGUGCUGCUACAGAACUGUCAUCUGGGGCUUGGGUACAUGGAUGAACUGCUAGAAACAGUCACCACCACUGAGAACAUCAAUGAGAACAUGAGAGUAUGGAUCACAACUGAGGUUCACCCACACUUCCCCAUCAGCUUACUGCAGGCCUCAAUCAAGUUCACCAAUGAGCCUCCACAAGGCAUCAAGGCUGGUCUGAAGAGAACAUAUGCAGGUAUUACCCAGGAUAUGCUAGAUAUUACCAACAUGCCCCAGUGGAAACCUAUUCUCUAUGCCGUCUCAUUCAUGCACAGUGUUGUACAGGAGCGUCGUAUGUUUGGUCCACUUGGGUGGAAUAUUCCGUAUGAGUUCAACUCUGCUGAUUGGUCAUCUAGUGUGCAAUUUUGCCAGAACCAUCUUGAUGACUUAGAUCCCAAAAAGGGUGUGUCAUGGAAUACAGUACGCUACAUGCUUGGUGAGGUCCAGUAUGGGGGAAGAGUUACAGAUGAUUAUGAUAAACGUCUCCUCAACACUUUUGCAAAGGUUUGGUUUGGAGAUAAUAUGUUCCAAGAAAGCUUCCAAUUCUACACUGGCUACAAGAUCCCUAAAGUGAAGAAAAUUGAAGAAGUCAUGGCAUUUAUAGAAGAACUUCCCCUGGUGGACUCACCUGAGGCUUUUGGACUCCACCCCAAUGCUGACAUCACAUACCAGAGCAACAUGGCCAAGGAGGUACUGGAGACAAUUAUGAGUAUACAGCCUAAGGACAGUGGAGGCUCUGGAGGCGAGACCAGGGAAACAGUGGUCUAUAGACAAGCAGGGGACAUGCUCGAGAAACUCCCACCAGACUAUGUCCCUCAUCAGGUGAAAGAUCGACUCCGACGUAUGGGACAACUGCAACCAUUGAACAUCUUCCUGAAGCAGGAGCUUGACCGCAUGCAGAAAGUCAUCACCAUUGUCAGAGAGACUUGCACUGAUCUGAAACUUGCUAUUGAUGGUACAAUUAUUAUGAGUGAGAAUCUCAGAGAUGCUCUGGACAACAUGUAUGAUGCUAAGGUGCCUAAUGCCUGGUUGAAAAUAUCCUGGCAGUCAUCCACCAUAGGGUUCUGGUUUACAGAGCUGUUGGAGAGAAAUGAUCAGUUCUUUAAGUGGAUAUUCGAGGGUAGACCACUGGUCUUCUGGAUGACAGGAUUCUUCAAUCCACAAGGUUUCUUAACUGCUAUGAGACAGGAAGUGACGAGGGCACACAAGGGUUGGGCUCUUGACUCUGUCACACUACACAAUGAUAUCAUCAAGGCAUCUAAAGAGGAUAUUACAACACCACCACAGGAGGGUGUAUACAUCCAUGGCUUGUUCCUUGAUGGGGCAGGUUGGGACAAACGCAACUGUCGGUUGAUGGAACCAACCCCCAAGGUUCUCUUCACUACCCUACCUGUUGUUCACAUGUUCGCCAUCAAUUCAACAGCUCCCAAGGACCCCAAGUAUUACCAGUGUCCCGUUUACAAGAAACCUCAUCGUACUGAUCUCACCUACAUUACAUUCAUCAUUAUGAAGACUGUACAAAGCCCAGACCACUGGACACUACGUGGUGUGGCUGCACUAUGUGAUAUCUCAUAGACUCUCUCAUUCUUUAGGAUCUGCAUUCACUAGAUUUUACAUUUUUAUUAUAUUAUAUUAUAUGGACACUGGGAUAUGAAAUAUAAGAUUUAACAGACCGCAUAGAUUUAUAAUUUGGCAAAUAAGUGGAUGUUUGUUGCAUAAUCAAAAAUCUCAAGAACAAUGUGACAAAAUAUUCAAGUAUUGUCUUAACAAUAUUUUUCUCAAAUACCAGUGUAUAAGGCCAUCUAUUGGAAUUUUGACAUUUUUAUUUUGUGGGAAAUUAUCGUUCAUAACAUGACUCCACAAUGAAAAUGAGUUGUCAUAAUGCAAUAAUAAAUUAUUCCAAAACAAUCUACCAGUGGGCCUUAAUUAUGAGAAAAUGUAGUCUACAUAUCUCUUUUUAUAAAACAUGUUUGAAAUAAUUGUUGUUUAUAAAUCAAAGGUGGUGCUAAAUUAUAUUUAUUUAAAAAAAAUGUAUGUCUUUAUUUUACCAUUGUUAUUUGUUGACUUUAAAAGAAAUAAAACACUAUAUAUUACGUAA